ACGGUUGCGUGCGCGUGUUUGCUCAUCGCGCCGCUCAUCGCCGGUAUCCCCGCUGCUGCUCGGGGGCACAGCCGCGAAGCUACAAUCGCCCCAGUCUACUCAGUUCUGUGCGAGCACGCGUCCCGAUCGGAUCGAGUUGUUCGGGUGGUGUUAAGUCCUUUCGCGCUGCUGAAAGUAGUGUAGUCUAUCUAGUCGUAUCAAACCGGGUCUCUAGCACAAGAGGUUGAUCAUUCGUCGAUAGGAAAAAAGGGCGUCUAACUAAACAGUAACCAUGAGCAGCAGUCCACCCGGGGUUACAAACCCCAUGCUUUAUGAUGCGAUCCCCGAGGGUUCGGGUACGACGACGAAGCGCAACCAAUUCAUCGCCGCCCUAGGAAUUUGUAUGGCGGCCGUUAGUGGCGGUACCGCACUCGCCUGGACAUCGCCGGUUCUAGCGCAGCUAACACCAACGAACGAGAGCGAUACGAGUGCUUUCGAGGGCGAAAGAUUUCUUCUCACCAGCGAUGAAGGUACGUGGGUUGGAUCGUUCCUGGCCGUGGGCGCCUUCUUCGGAGCACUUCCGGCCGGUUUUCUGGCAGAGAAAAUUGGUCGCAAAUACACAACGAUGUCGCUGGCCAUCCCAUACCUCGUUAGCUGGGCGCUGAUCAUCUUCGCUAGUAAUGCGGGAAUGCUGUACGCAGGACGGUUGAUUAUUGGUAUUGCCACGGGUGGUUCGUGCGUGGUCGCACCGAUGUUUAUAUCGGAGAUUGCGGAAACUUCAAUCCGCGGUGCACUCGGUGCAUUCUUCCAGCUCCAUCUCACCGUGGGUAUCCUUUUCAUCUACGCCGUCGGUUCGUAUACGCACUGGGUUACGCUUAGCACACUGUGUGCCAUCUUCCCGGUGCUGCUGAUCGUGGCCAUGCUUAUCGUUCCUGAGAGUCCGGUGUAUUUGGUAAAAACGGGUCGAAGAAUUGAUGCCGGUGUCGCAUUGAAGUGGUUCUGGGGUCGUGAUGCUGAUACGCAAUCGGCCCUGCAGACGAUCCAGUCCGAUCUGGAUGCGGCUUCAGGCAAUGCGAAGCUAUCUGACCUGUUCACCAACUCGACCAACCGGGCCGCGCUUUUUAUCUCACUACUACUGAUGUUCUUCCAGCAGUUCUCCGGUAUCAACGCAGUCAUCUUCUACACGGCACCGAUCUUCAAAUCGGCUGGUAGUACCAUGGAUCCCGCCAUCUGCUCGAUAGUGGUCGGUGUCGUACAAGUCGUCAUGACGCUCGCCUCGUCCGUACUGAUCGAUAAGGCUGGCCGGCGGAUACUGUUGCUGCAGAGCAGUUUCAUUAUGGGCUCAUGCUUGGUGGUGCUCGGUAUUUACUUUAAACUCCAGAACGAUAAGGUCGACGUGUCAAACAUUGGGUGGCUCCCGCUGGCCUCGGUUGUACUGUUUAUCAUCAGCUUCUCGCUCGGUUUCGGUCCGAUCCCGUGGAUGAUGAUGGGUGAGCUGUGUGCACCGGAUAUCAAGAGUCUCGCAUCGGCGCUGGCCGUCAUGUUCAACUGGACCUUGGUAUUCCUCGUCACCAAGUCGUUCGGUAUCAUGCAGGAACUACUCGGUUCCGACUGGACCUUCUGGUUCUUCGGUGCCUGGAUGGCCGUUUGUACAGUGUACGUGUUCAUUAAGGUCCCGGAAACGAAAGGCAAAACUAACGCACAAAUCCAAGCGAUCCUCUCCGGCAAGAAGUAAACUUGUGCCAUUACUAGAAGGUGUGCGAAUGUAUCGCUGUAGAGCUAACUGUACGCGUUUUGGUUCUUAUCUCUCGUACCGUCUCCACACAUUCACGCUUUAAGAUUUUUUUUGUUUUGUUUAUCUUCUAUACCGUGUUGUACAUAUGUUACUCCUUCUUUUGUCGUAUCGUUGUUUUUUUUUCGGAGAGCAGAAAGAUUAGGCUCUUUAGUACAGGGGUUAGGCAGGAGGUUUAUUAGUUUGCAAACAGAGAGGGCUACUACUAAUGGCAAUCCAUGGACUGAGAGCAACGUAAAAUAGGCAAUGAAACGUUAGUAAAAUGUUAAAUCAUCGUCAUAUACCAGGCAUCUUUGUAGGAAGUAAGGCAUUAUCUAAGCAGGAGGUUUCAAGGGAUAUAACCGAGUGUUACUAAAUUUUAACGUUUUAGAGCAGACAUUGUUGAUUCCACCGCGGUUUGCGCUUUGCUAAAAGGCAAACAAUUAUCGCAACCGAAGCACUUGAGGCACAUCAAGUGCGUACCGUACUCAAACCGUACUGACAUUCACCGUAGCUACAUUCAGUCGGCCAUAGUUUGUCGAAGGAGAUUUACAUCUUUCGGCAAAACACUGAGUUGUGUUCUAGGUCGCCCGGCUGUUGUCAGUUCCUUCCAUCGUCUGUAAAGUCAUGCUCAAAGGUAUAAACCCACUGAUAGGGAUGUCACAUGAUGAUGGAUAAAAUUUAAACCUUAGCCCUCCUCUGAUACCGAUAACGAAAGUGCAACAGCCGGUUAAAUCCCAGCCAAACAAGAACCUCAUAUCAAAGUCCCGAUAGUCUAUCGGGUCAGAAUUCGCCAUUCGCAAAAGAAAACCACCAACCAAACCUCGUCGCCCAACAACUGCAAGUCAUGUCAAGCAAUUCUGAUCAUUUCCUUGUUUCGGAUUAUGGAACAUUACUGUCAACAGCAGGAUAUUUCGUUCACUGUGCCAUAUCAAUGUCCGCAAAAUGGCACUAGAGUAGCAAAAUAAAGUAAACGUAUUCUCAGUGA